AAUAGGAAGUCUCUCCUCUUGCACUAGCCGCGAAUUCCACACCACACUCAAGGCAUUCCUCACGUAGUACAAACUUCUGGGAUCAUCCAUAAUGGAUCUUCUAGCAAGUCUCCUUGACCAGAGCGUUGGGUGUUGGAUAGUCACCAUCCUGGUGGCUUUAGCUGGCACUUUUGUCGUGCAGACAUGCAGGAGCUGGUACCGAUUGCGACAUUUCAAAGGGCCUUGGCUUGCGAGUAUUUCGCGAUUAUGGCUUGUACGCAGUAUCUCUGGAGGAAGGUUCCAUUUGGACUUCAUGGAAGUUAAUCAGAAAUAUGGUUCACUCGCUAGGAUUGGUCCCAAUGAUCUGGUAACGAGUGAUCCCGCAGUGAUGCGGCGAAUGCUGGCGGUACGAUCACACUAUCGUCGUUCGGAUUGGUAUAUUGGAAUGCGCUUCGAUCCGACUCGUGAUAAUAUUGAGUCAAUUAUGGACGACGAUCGUCAUACCAAAUUGAGAUCUAUGAUGGCGGCUGGAUAUUCGGGAAAAGAAAACGAAGAUCUCGAAGGAACAAUAGACCGAAACAUACAAAAUUUAAUCAAAUUAAUCAGGGCCAAAUACUUGUCUACAGACUCGGAAAGCAAGCCCUUAGAUUUCGGAAGAAAGGCGCAAUACUUCACUCUGGAUGUUAUCUCCGACGUGGCGUAUCGAGAACCAUUCGGCUUUUUGGCUGCUGACAGGGACUUGUACGAUUACAUCAAAGAGGCUGAAAAGGUCCUGCCUGCUGCACUGAUGGUGACAAUCUUUCCGGUACUCAAUUGGGUCCUGCAACUCUCCAUUUUGAAGGCAGCAUUGCCGUCUGACAAGGACCCUCUGGGUAUGGGCAAGAUCAUCGGUAUCACGAAGAAAGUGGUUGCUGAAAGAUUUGGGAAGAAUAAAAAGGUUCAACAAGAUAUGCUAGGUUCUUUCAUUGCCCACGGACUCAACCAAGAAGAUGCCGAGUCUGAAACUUUGCUUCAAAUUAUGGCUGGAUCUGAUACCACAGCAAGUGGAGUUCGAGCAAUUCUGCUCUAUAUCCUGAUGAAUCCACGAGUACUAGCGAAGUUGCGAGUUGAGAUCGCAAGCACUCCCAUAUCGUCACCUAUCCAGGAAGCGGAAGCGAAGAAAAUGCCAUAUCUUCAAGCGAUCAUCAAAGAAGGACUCAGAAUAUUCCCACCUCUUGUUGGACUGAUGUCAAAAGCCGUCCCUCCAGAAGGUGAUGUGAUCAAUGGCCAGUUUGUCCCUGGAGGAACAAAGAUUGGGUACGGGGCGUAUGGAAUCUUCCAAGACAAGAAGACUUGGGGGCUCGAUGCCGAUGUCUUUCGGCCAGAGAGGUGGAUUGAAGAAACUGCUGACAAGCUCAAAGAUAUGGAAAGUACUCUGGAACUCAUUUUCAGCUAUGGAAAGUAUCAGUGUCUAGGAAAGAACAUUGCGAUGAUGGAGCUGAACAAGAUUUUCGUCGAGGUAAGCUAUUCAUCUAUGUCGGCAAAAGAACUGCACUGACGAAACUAAAAGCUUCUUCGAAAUUUUGAUUUCAAUGUCGUGAAUCCCUUUUAGCCAUUGAUGUCGGAGUGCCACGGUGUCUUCAUGAUGUCGGAAAUGUGGCUGACUGCAUUCGAGAGAGACCAAUCCUAGCUCGAUGGCCACAAU